AUGGCGCAGGUGCGACGCAACAACCUCCGUCCGUGCAUACGCCUCCUCCUGCUGCCACUUCUCGCCGUGACGGCCGUCUCCGCGGGAGCCUCGCCGGUGACGAGCGGCGAUCUGUACGCGCUCUCCAAGCUCAAGUCCUCCCUGCUCUCCCGCAGCGCCCGCAACAGCACCUCGCUCGCCGACUGGGACGUCGCGACGCCGCCGCCGCCAUCGUCGUCCCCGGCGGCGAGCCAUCAUUACUGCAACUUCUCCGGGGUCACCUGCGAUGCCUCCGGCAACCGCGUCGUCGCCAUCAAUCUCACCGGCGUCCCUCUCCACGGCGGCGUGCUCCCAACCGAGGUCUCGCUGCUCGACGCUCUCGCCAGCCUCACCGUCGCCGCCUGCUCCCUGUCGGGCCCCAUCCCCGCAUCGCUCGCCUCGAUGCCUCUCCUCCGGCACCUCAACCUCUCCACCAACAACAUCUCCGGCUUCUUUCCGUCCGGACCGGAACCCUACUUCCCCUCCGCCGAGGUGAUCGACGUCUACAACAACAGCCUCACCGGACCCCUGCCGCCUUUCGGCGGCGGCAGGUUGCGGCACCUGCACCUUGGCGAGAACUACUUCUCGGGCGGAAUACCGGAGGAGUACGGCGCCUCCAAGCAGCUCGAGCACCUUGGGCUCAACGGCAACUUCCUAUCCGGCCGCGUGCCACCGUCACUGUCGAGGCUCAAGAGACUAAAGGAGAUGUAUCUAGGUCACGACAACGUGUUCGACGGUGGCAUCCCGUCGGAGUUCGGCGAGCUCGAGGCUCUCAUCUCGCUUGACAUGGCCCACUGCAAUCUCACGGGACCUAUCACUCCGGAGCUCGGCCGCCUCACUCGGCUCGAAACGCUCUACCUAUAUUCGAACAACUUGGUCGGGGAAAUCCCGGCCGAACUCGGCAACCUCAAGAACCUCGUGAACAUCGAUCUCUCUUUCAACAAGCUUACCGGCGAGAUACCUGCAAGCUUCGCCGGCCUAACCAGACUGAAACUGCUCAAUCUGCAUGGAAACGAACUCCAAGGUGUGAUUCCGGAGUUCGUUGGGGAAUUAUCUCAGCUGGAAAUCCUCCAAGCAUGGGAAAACAAUCUCACCGGGGAGCUCCCGGCCAACCUGGGCAAGAACGGCAGGCUGCUGACGCUGGAUGUCACGGACAACCGGCUCACCGGCGCCAUACCGCCCGGCCUCUGUGCCGGGAGGCGGCUUCAGUUUCUCUUUCUGAUGCGGAACAAGCUUUCUGGGCCAAUCCCCGAAGACCUCGGGAACUGCAAGACGCUUGCAAAAGUUCGCCUGAACAGCAACUUCCUCAAUGGCUCCAUUCCGGCCGGCCUUCUUGAUCUUCCCAUGAACAGCAUGUUGGACUUGAGCGACAACUUGCUCUCAGGCGAGCUCCCGAAGGUGAUCCCCAGUGCCGGGCUAGGCUUUUUGUCAGGGGCGUCCAACAGGUUAUCCGGUCCUGUGCCGCCGGAGAUCGGCCACCUCAAGAAGCUGUCCUUGCUCAACUUCAGCGCCAACGCGCUCACCGCCGGCGUCCCGGGAGAGCUCAGCCACUGCGAGUCGCUGACCGUGCUGGACCUCAGCCGCAACCAGCUGGCCGGUGAGAUACCAACAGAGAUCACGAAUCUGAAGGUUCUGACAAUGCUGAACCUGUCGAGGAACAGCAUCUCCGGCGAGCUUCCCCUGGAGAUCAGUAAGAUGAUCGGCCUCGGUGUCCUCGACGUGUCCUACAACAACCUCAGUGGCCGUGUGUUACAGUCGCAACUUCAGGGAGUGUUCGCCGUCUCAGACGCGACAGAUUUUGAAGGCAACCCUGGCCUCUGUGUGGAGCGCGUCACUGCCGCCUCGUGCUCACGUCUGCAGCGUUCGCGGCGGCGAGACGACAAGACAUGGACGAUGCUGCUGUGGCUUGUGCCGGCCGUCAGCGCCGUGGUGGUGGCCAUGGCCGUGUACCUUGGGCUAAAGUGGUGGCAGGCGGCGAGGCGGCGGCCUGCGGCUUGGAAGAUGACGAGGUUCCAGAACCUGGACCUGGAAAUGGACGACGUGCUCGGGUGCCUCAGGGAGGAGAACGUCGUCGGAAGGGGCGGCGCAGGCACCGUGUACCGCUGCGCGACACGCAGCGGCGCGGAGGUCGCCGUCAAGCGCCUCCGGGGCCCCGGCCGCCGCGACCACGGCUUCCGGGCAGAGGUGGCCACGCUCGGCGGCGUCCGGCACCGCAACAUCGUGCGGCUGCUCGGCUUCGCGUCGGGCGCGGAGGGGAGCCUGCUGCUGUACGAGUACAUGCCGGCGGGGUCGCUGGGCACAGUCCUGCACGGCGAGCGCGGGGCGCUGCUGGGCUGGGGCGCCAGGCUCCGCGUCGCCACUGAGGCGGCGCGAGCGCUGUGCUACCUGCACCACGAGUGCAAGCCGAGGAUCCUGCACCGCGACGUCAAGUCCAGCAACAUUCUGCUGGACUCCGCGAUGGAGGCGCACGUCGCCGACUUCGGCCUCGCCAAGUUCCUCCGCCGCGGCGCGUCCGGCUCCGGCGCUGUGGCGGCGGCGGAGUGCGUGUCGGUCGUCGCCGGCACGUACGGGUACAUCGCCCCCGAGUACGCGUACACGCUGCGGGUGGACGAGAAGACGGACGUGUACAGCUUCGGCGUGGUGCUGCUGGAGCUGGUCACGGGGCGCCGCCCGCUCGGCGACUUCGGCGACGAGAUCGACCUCGUCCACUGGGCCCGGAGCGCCGUGCCGAGGCCGUCGGACGCCACGGCAGUCCUGGCCGUGGCCGACCCACGGCUGCCGCCGGAGCCGGCCGGCCUGAUCGCGGGGCUCUUCAGGGUGGGCAUAUCGUGCGUCCGCGAGAGCAGCCAGGCGCGACCCACCAUGCGCGAGGUCGUGCACGUCCUCUCCAGCUUCGUACGACCAGUUGCCGACCCGUCCAACUCGACGUCGAAGGUUCUAGGAGAAGUCCACUUUGCUGGUAGUGGAUGA